AUGUCAGGUCUGGGCGAAUUGGCAAGUGUCAUCGCCGUACUUCAAUUAUCGGGCAAGAUUGUCGACUACGUCGGUAAAGUAAAAGACGCCUCAGAAGACCGGAAGCGACUGCGCGGAGAAAUUCGCGCCUGCAAACGUAUACUGCAAGAGCUGAAGGAUGAUGCCGAAGAUAUCGACGAGGGCGAAAGCUUGGUUGACACGAUCAAUGUGCUCGAACGACUUGAUGGACCACUACCCCGGCUUCAAACUAUCCUACAGCAAGUGGAGAUCCGACUGAGACACGACAAUACUCUAAGGGGCUCAUUGAAGUGGCCAUUUCAAGAGAAGGAUGUACAGAAGCUCAUCCAGUCGAUCGAACGCGAGAAAAUCCUGAUAAACUUGGCCCUAUCGCGAGAUUCUCGGAAGCUGCUUCGGGAGAUCAAGGAAUGCGCGGAGCAAAACAAUCGAGACCUUGCGCUUCUACUGCAAUCGAUGGACAUGAGUGCGAGCAAGAUCGGGGAGGAGUUCUGUAAGCUUAAUGAUCAUAUGUCGCAAAUUCAAACGCUCCAGGUCGGUUUGCACCACGACGUUGAACGUCUUCAAAGUACCGACCACCACCGGGAGUCUUCCAAGAAACGCGACGCGGUGCUCCAAUGGCUAUCUACUUAUGAUCAUGCAUCCAAGCAUCAUGAUAUAUUGAGCAAGCGACAAGAGGGUACCGGCAACUGGUUUCUAGAGUCGAAAGCCUACGACACUUGGCUCGACAACUCUAGUGCGAGAAAGCUACUCUGCACUGGCCUGCCUGGGGCUGGCAAGCCGAUGCUCGCCUCCAUCAUUAUCGACGAUCUACAGACCCGAUUCCAGACCAAGGCCGGCGUAGCAGUCGCCUACUUUUAUUGCGAUUACAGGACUCGCGAUGAGCAAACCCUGGAGUUCAUGCUUUGCAGCCUGUUGAAGGUACUGGCAGAAAGCCAGGAAACUUUGCCGAUACCCAUCGAACAGCUCUAUUCCGACCAUGGGAACGGCGUCAGACGUCCUUCGUGGAGGAUCCUCGCUCAAUGCCUCAAGGACGUAGCUGCACUGCUCCAGAGACUUUACGUUGUGAUCGAUGCACUAGACGAAUGCCAAGUAUCUGAUGGCUGCAGGAGGAAAUUCUUAUCUGAAUUGCUGAAUCUACAAGCAAAGUCCAGAACAAGUCUGCUAGCGACAUCAAGGACCGUCCCAGAAGUGCUUGCAGAAUUUGGCGCAGAGAAGCCUCUCGAAGUACGUGCUAGUAGCGAUGAUGUUCGCAAAUAUGUGGUCGGUAACCUCAACAACAUGCCACAGUCCGUUCAGCGCAAUGUCGAACUCCAGGAACUAAUCAAGCUGAAAAUCGUCGAAUCAGUGGAUGGCAUGUAA